AUCCGCUUCCCCGGGUGGGGGCAUGUGGGUGUGCGGGGACAUCCGCCGUGGGUGUUCGCUGUGGGGUGGGGACAGGAGCCGUGUCAUGGAGACGUUGGCCUCGGAGACAUCCAUCGAUAAGGACAUCUGCCAUAGAGAUAUUCACUGUGGUGUGGGGACAUCUGCCAUGGUGUGGAAACCUCUGAAAUGGGGACGUCAUCCAUGGGGACAUCCAUCAUGAGGACAUCUGUCCACGGGAACAUCCAUGAUAAGGACAUUCAGUGUGGUGUGGGGACAUCCGCUAUGGGGACAUCUGUAAUGGGGUCACCCACCUCGAGGGGAUAUCCACCAUGGAGACAUCUGCCAUGGUGUAGGGACAUCUGCCAUGGGACAUUGGCCAUGGGGACAUCUGCUGCCAAGCAACCAUGGGGGUCUCCACGGACGCUAUGGUGUGGAGACAUCCUGGUGUGGGGGACGUCUGUUAUGGGAUUAUCCGCCCACAGAGACAUCCACAAUGACAAAAUCCACCAUGGGGACUUCCACCAUGGGGACAUCUACCCAUGGGGGAUGGACAUCCUGGUAACAGAGACGUUCUGGUGGGGGGGGGGGGCACCUGCUCGUAGGGGACACCCACCUUGGUGCAUGGACAGCCAGGUGUGAGGACCUCCACCACAGAGUGGUGACACGAUGGCACAGGGACAGGUCCCAGCCCUGAGUCACAUCCUGUGGGGGCAGUGACACCAUUUGGGAAGUGAAACGGCUGCAGGAAAACACACAGGCACCCCACACACGCACAUCCCCAGCCACCGUGGCACAACUGCGUGGGAGCCGGCAGGGCUGGCCGUGGGCAUCCUCCGGACAGAGAUGGGCAGCAGCAAGCCCAAGAGGACAGCGUCCCAAAGACAGACCGUGGGGUGGGACCUGUGGGGUCCCUGUGGCUGCUGGCAGGAAGCAGAGGGGCUGGGUGGGGAAAUGGGGGAGUGGCAGCACUUGCGCCACGGGCCCCUUUCGGGGAAUCCGGCCUUGCUCCAGCCCUGACGAGAGCUGGCGUCAUCAAGAGCACUGGCGGCCAUGGGGCAGCCCCAGUGUGUCAGCCCAGCCAGCGCAAGAGAGCCAGACCCUGAACAUCGCCCCACUCUGUGCACCACAACAGCCCCAAAACAUUGCCCUGCUGCGCCCCGCACUAAUCCCAAAGCAUCGCCCUGCUGGGGCCUGCACCGAUCCCAAAGCAUUGCCCCACUGGGGCCCGCAUCGAUCCCAAAGCAUUGCCCUGCUGUGUGGUCCACACAGACUCUGAAGUGUGGCCCCACUGAGCCCCACACUGACUCCGAAGCAUCAUCCUGCCAAACACCAUGCUGACCCCAAAAAAAGCAUGUUCUGAGCUCUACAAUGAGCAUGGCUCCACUGUAUCCCAUACCGACCCUAAAGCAUGGCCCCACUAAGCCCCAGAGCUUGGGCACAAAGCAUACUCUGAGUUCUACAAUAACCCCAAAGCACAGCCCCACUGCCCAACCCCAAAGCAGAGCCCCACUGAGCCCCAGAGUGCCCCUGCACAACCCAGCACAGAGGCGGUGCCGAUGCCUGCGGCGCUGCGUGCUGGAGAUACGAAACUUGGCAAUCUCCGGGCGUGUUGCAAAAUGUGGAAAUCCCGCACAGGAGCCGCUUCCUUCCAGCGCUGCUUGAAAACGCGUUGCGCGGCGGCCAGGCUCAGAGCGCACCAAAACGCGCGGGAGGAGCAGGAGCACAGCACUGCAGGUUGCGUUCACCCUUAGGAUUCACAUUGGGCACAGAGAUGGCGUUCGUUCCUGACCUGGAUGUGCUGGAGAGCAGCAGCUUCAGCGAGGAGACCUUCUACGGCCCCGCCUGCCUCUGCCUGCAGAAGAAGCCUCGCCUGGAUUCAGAGCACACCGCGGUGGACGUGCAGGUGACAGUGAGGAAGGGACGCGGCACCUGGAGCUUCCGGCAGGCUGCUGUGCUGGUGGUAGCCAUGACCAAGCUGCUGAGGAGGCCGACGCACAGGGACUUUGCUGACAGUGACCUGAGUGCACUCCUGGAGGAGGUUUUUGAGCCCGUCACCUUCCAGCGGCUGGACAGCAGCUACGCCGGGGUGCCUGCCUUCCGCUACACUCGCUCGCAGUCCUUCGACAUCUUUGACAUCAACCAGAAGUGCUUUGUGCUGGAGUCGCCCACCCAGCUGGUGGCCCUGCACCUCCAGGGGCCCUCCUCCAGCGAAAAAGUGAGGCUCAACAUAGCGCUGUACCGGCCCCGAGGCCCACGGGGCAGCGCUGGAGCUGGGCAGAUGCCUGUGGCAUUGGGCAUCAAGGGCUACAAGCUCUACAUGUCGUGUGUGAUGAGUGGCACCGAGCCCAUGCUGCAACUGGAGGAAGCUGACGUCAUGCGGGACAUCGACAGCGUCGAGCUGACCCGCUUCAUCUUCUACCGCCUGGACAGCCCGGCCGAGGGCACGACACGCUUCGAGUCGGCCGCCUUCCCCGGCUGGUUCAUCUGCACCUCGCUGCAGCCCCGGCAGCCCGUGGGCAUCACCAACCAGCCCGACCAGGUCAACAUCGCCACCUACAAGCUGAGUGGGCGCUGACCACCCGCUCCAACCCAAACCGGCCCGUUGCCGGUUUCCAUGCCGUAUGUACCGAGUACAACCCUCUGCUGCCCCACAACGCUAUUCCACGUGGAAUAGCCACUCUGGGCCCCAUGGGCCUGAGUCAUGCUUCGUUUAUAUUUUGUUACUGUCCUGUUGCUUUUAACUUAUAUUUUUUUUACUGUAAUCACGAUGGUUUUAUUCCGUCUCCCCUUGGAGAUGGAUGUAUUUAUUGUGACUGGAGAAAUAAAAGCUUCCCUGUGGA